AUGUCUGGGUAUGUUGAAAAAAACAGGGAGCACUGGAGUAAAAAACCUCGGCAGCAUGUUGGAUCUCCGUCAUACUUCUCCGGCGCUGGACUGGGAGCUGUAUCCUGGUGGUGGACGAGUGAGCACCUGCUGCUGGCUCGGCAGAUCAGUGUGCAGCAUGUGGUGGUGUACGCGAACAAAGCAGACACCGUGGACGACUCCGAACUCCUGCAGCUGGUCGAGCUUGAGAUCCGAGAGCUGCUCAGCAAGUUCGGCUACGACGGAGACAACACACCCGUUAUCUGUGGCUCCGCCCUCUGCGCCCUGGAGCCUGAGCUGGGAGCUCAGUCUUGGAGGUGGUGGAUGAGUACAUCCCUCUACCCAGGAGAGAUCUGGAUCGACCCUUCCUGCUGCCCAUUGAGGGAGUCUACUCCAUACCAGGCUGGGGUACAUUGGUGACUGGAACUCUGGAGAGAUGAGUGAUUAAAAAAGGACACAAGUGUGAGUUUGUGGGACACAACCGCUCUGCCAAGUCAGUGGUCACAGCCCCACAUGAAUUUAUGGAGAUACUAGAGAUCCAGAUCCUUUCUGCCUCUGGAUGGAGCUCAAAUCUUCUCUAAUUCCAGACUGCUGGGACUACGGCUGCUCCUAAGGUCAUACAGACUUCACAUAAAUCCAUAAUGAACUUUUUCACACUAUCUGUUGUUACCCAGAUGAGGAUGGGUUCCCUUCUGAGUCGGGUUCCUCUCAAGGUUUCUUCCUCUUAAAACAUCUUAGGGAGUUUUUCCUUGCCACCGUUGCCACUCAGUGGCUUGCUCAGUUGGGAUAAAUUCGCACCUUUAAUAUCUGUAUACCAUGUUGAUAUUUCUGUAAAGCUGCUUUGAGACAAUGUCUAUUGUAAAAAGCGCUAUACAAAUAAAAUU